AUGUUGACAGCAGGUGGCCUUCGGAAUGCCUGUCCCAGCUGUCGAGCUCGAUUAUUGAGCUUGACAGGAAAUGCACUCGCCGGCUCAUCACCCGCAGGCCGACAGCAUCGAUCGAGCGUUCCGCGACAGAGUAACCUAGCUGCGAUACGAUCAUUAAACCGACCUGCAAACAUUCGACGGGUGUUUUCGACAACGUCGCGAAGCUUUCAAGACCCGGAGUCUAGUCGAACUGAUGCCGAAUCACUUGCGCGCACCGCCGAUAUCGAGAAGACGGUUCGAGAGGCAAAACAGAGAUUCCGAGAUACCCUGCCCAAGGGCUACCUCAGCGAGGAGGAAUACACACUAUACGAGCGGUGGUAUGGGCCUCCUCUGCGCGAGACGUCGCCAGACGAUGUAGGCAUAAAGUAUUUGAAUGACGAGCAGUCUGCGGGAUUCCGACAAGACAAGCCGGGCGGCCCAACCCUGCUACGCCAGGUCCAGGGUGGCACGCUACAAGAGGUGCAGUACACUCGCAGCAAGGCUGAAGAAACGCUGGAAAACGAAGACGGUGCGAAUCACGAAAAGAGCAAUGAUGCUGCCGUGGAAGCUAUCUCAGAGGCGAAACCGGCCGAGGAGGCGCCGCCAGAGGGCAACGACAAAUACAUCAAUAUGGUAGCGAGAAACAAGAGGGAGUACGACGCGCUCAUGAUGCUGCAAAAGGACUUCGAGGCCAAUGCCCGCGCCGUGGAGGAGGAAAACAGGGAGCAAUUGGAGGCGGACGAGAUACGGGACGAGGAACGGGAGUUUGAAGAGGACGAAGAACGAGAGUUUGAAGAGGACGAGGACGAAGAGUUUGACGACAGCGAGGAUGGCAUCCAGGAACAAGGGACUUCAAAGCGGGCAGGACGUUUGCACCCUUUCUCGCGAGAGGGUCACUUUUCGACGAACCCGAGCACAGUCAGCCUGCCGUAUGGCGGCUACAUCGCGCCAGUCACAGCGAUACUCGACAGAACAGACAUCAAGCACGUCAAGGAGGCUGCCGAGAAGGCGUUCGGAGGUCCUGGUCUGCCACACUCUCCCGCCACCCCCGCGUCCAAGAUGGGCUUGGAACAACAUCCCAUCGGCAUGGCUGUCUGGCAGAACAAAAUGUCCGACAUUGAGGCGGACGCUUUCGUGUCUACCUUCCUGCCUCCAGCCUAUGCCUCCGCCAUGGGCAGCUUGGUUGAGGUUCGCAAACGGCUAGGCACAGACUGGCUGCGCAAUCUGUUCAAGGAUGGCAGCGGGCCUCGUAUUCUUGACGUUGGCGCAGGCGGAGCUGGCCUUUUGGCGUGGCAGGACGUGUCGCGCGCUGAGUGGGAUGCCAUGAAGUCCCGCGGAGAGGUCACGGGUAAGAACCCCCCCGGAAAGCAGAGUGUGGUUGUGGGGGCGGAGAAGCUGCGGACUCGCGUCUCCAAGUUCUUGCACAACACGACUUUCCUGCCUCGUCUUCCGGAUUACCACCACUCGGUUGAUAACGCGCACCUUCAUCUUGAUGCCAACGAGAACCCCCAGCCAAGGAAGAUGUUUGAUAUCAUCAUCGCUUCUCACCUUAUGCUUCCCGUGAAGGAAGGCCACAGACGCAAGGCUAUCCUGAACAACAUAUGGUCUCUCCUCAAUCCCGAGGGUGGUGUCUUGAUCGUCCUGGAGAAGGGCCAGCCCCGUGGCUUUGAAGCUGUGGCUGAUAUUCGGGAGCGCCUACUCACCGAGUUCCUCAUCCCGCCCGGAGGCGAAGAACUCACGAUGAGCGAAGAGAGAAAUCCUGCCUUUGAAAGAGAAAAGGAACCCGGCAUGAUCAUUGCGCCCUGCACAAACCACCGCGGAUGCCCGAUGUACCAGGUUCCCGGAAAGAGUACCGGACGCAAGGACUUUUGCCAUUUUAGCCAACGAUUCGUACGCCCGCCGUUUUUGCAGAGGAUUAUGGGCGCAACGCACCGCAACCACGACGAUGUGCAGUUCAGUUACAUCGCCAUCCAGCGCGGUGUCGCAGCAAAGCAGGGACCGCUCGCCGGAGCGGAAGCUGCCGACCGGGCGUUCGAGGGCUUCGAGAGGUCCGAGACGGCACCCGACAUGCUCUCUCUCCCUCGCCAGAUCCUCCCGCCCAUCAAGCGCCGCGGUCACGUCACGCUCGACGUGUGCACACCCAACGCGCAAAUCGAGCGCUGGACGGUGCCAAAGAGCUUUAGUAAGCAGGCGUACCACGACGCGCGCAAGGCCAAGUGGGGUGACCUCUGGGCGCUGGGCGCGAAGACGCGCAACCGUCGCAACGUGCGGCUGGGCAGGCCCGAGGUCCUCGACGACGGCGGCAUUCGUGCUCAGCGUGCCAAGGCGGCUGCUAGCAAGAAGAAGAAGGUUAUCGGUGUCGGUAUUGACGAGAUGGGUGUCAUUGGCUCACAGGAGGGUAGGACGCCUGGGCCGCAGCGCAAGACAAGCCGGAAGUCUGCUCGCCAGGAGUUGUUGAGGAGUCUGUCCAAGGCGGAGCAGGAUUGA